AUCUUAGUGAAAAAAGGUUCUACAAACUGGGCCUCAGGCCACUCGUGCAAAGACAUACGACAAAGUGAAGCCACAGUCGGGGACGGUGAGUACUGGAUUAACCCAUCUUCUUCCGGCAAACCGAUCAAGGUAUACUGCGACAUGACCACUGACAAAGGUGAGAGCACAGUCAAACAAAUUCCAGGGCAGGUGAUUCAAGCCCCAUCUACAGGUAUCCGGAUAUUCUUUUAAUCCUCAACUUUUUCUUUUCGGAUACGGCUUCCGUCCACACGGCGUACCCGAUGAAUCCGGCAUACGAAUCCGCAACUUUUUGAAUCCGACCUCCAGAGUGGAAAUUUUUGAAUACGCUAUGAAUCCGGAUUCGUGUAGACCCUUGGUCCGGAUUUUUUUUUAAUCCCGUGGCGUAACAAGAUCAUCGAACCCAGUUUUUUACCGUGGAUACUGCACUCAAGAUGGCAAUCUCGCUCCCACGUUCUUACCCGUCUUUACGACGCAUGCUGUGCUGCCAAUAUUCCCAUCUGGAGGAGUCCUGGGUAACAGAGUGAAUCCGGAUACGUGCUGGAUACGUGUGGGCGUGGAAAUUUUUUAAUCCGGAAAGAAAAAGUUGCGGAUUCAAAAAUAUGCGGGUACGUGUUGACGGGGCCUCAGUUUCACACUCGCCGCAGCCGCUUAAUAGAGGCAUUGAAGACUCAUAUAUACAAAGUUAGCUUCGGCUUAAGCCAAGGAAAAAAUAUUCACUGAUUUCAGUCUGAAGAAGACCUGUGUACAACAGUGUCUAUUGUUUUAAACUCAAAUUCAGGCACCUUCUCGCAGGUAUUUGUGAAGAUUUUACUUUACAUGUACGCCGAGGCAAACCAUGUAGAAAUGAGUCCUUGGCGCUUCUCUUCUGCGGCAACGACGUUUUCCAAACUGGACUAUUUGUUUCACCGGUGUAGUUAGCAAUUUUGUCCUUUCGUUCCAUCAGAAUCUUUGUGAAGGCUGUAACGCUUACUAGACUGUCAAGACAUGUCUCCGUAUUCAUACCCCCAUCAACUGUUUUGUUUGCGGGCAGGAGCUUUGGGACUUAAAAUUGUCUGACUCCUGCUACAAGUGCAAUCUCCCAUGUUAUACAGAGCUUUCACUGUAUUGGACCAACGGAAAAUUAUUUGCUUUUUUAAAUAGACUCUUAUGACGCCGUUCAAUUUAGCACUUAUAGCAUGCCAGCUUGUCGAUUUUCUCGACCACUUCAGUAUUUACGUAAAUCAGGUCCAACCUUUUAACCUUAAAUAAACAAAAACAACAACAACAGGUGUAACUUUCACACCAUCUCCAGUCUCAGAUGAACAGGUACCGUGUAAAAACGUAGACCGGCUUUAGCGACAACAGCACAAUUUUGGAAAUCUUCAACUUAUAAAAGACACACUAGCUUACUAUCAUCGGUAUGUGCGAACAGGCGUUUUUCACUUUUUUAGUGAAGAAAAGUUAAAUGAAGUUUUCCGGGGUGUCUUUCUUUUGAAAAUUCGGCAAAAAAAUUUCAGUCAAAUCUCCCGCCACCCCCUCCUCCCCCUCCUCGUAGUGGCCCUUUUCCUCAAAUCCACAGUUCUCUAUUCUUCCAAUGCAGGAGGCUGGACGCUAGUCAAAAGGGUGAUCUUUUCAGACGGUUUGCAACCAACAAAAGAAGAAGAGAUUCAAACCACCGACUAUAGAAUUCAGCUUUCAAAUUACAGUUCUCACCUACACCUUCUUGUCACCGACGGUCUAAAGAACCUUAGGAGCGACAUGGGCUUUCAACAAUUCAGAUUCUACUGCCGCAAGGCCACACCAGGCAGAGUGUUUCAUAUUAUGACAAAAAACACCUCACUAGGGGAGGCUGUAGUGCAAUACUUUACGGGGAACACCAACGUCCCUCCCCAGGCAUGCGACUCUUUCACAGCACUGCCAGACGAUAACUCUACGUUAUCUGGUAAGUGCAUGGAAUGGGGGUACCCAACAAUGAACACCUGGGGAAAAAACGCUACAACUCGACAAAAUAUUAAAUUAUACAAAAGGUUUGUUCUAUGGAGAACAAAAAGUGCUGUAGCAAUGAGCCGUUCGGAUUACUUCUGCGAUGAUUUGACAAAGAACGGAACAGAUGGAGACACGUGGGAAUUUUAUGUGCGAUAA